CUGCUGGGAGGGGAGUGGCGAGGCCGGAUCGGGAUGGACAGGCACAGCCUCUCUCCGCCGCCUGACGCCCUGUGAACCGCGCGCUCUCUGGAUGCCCGCAGCCGCUCCCUCCCGUGGCUCUCCGGCGUGGCCAGGCGCACUGGCGGCGCGGCACGCCCGGGGGCCCGAGGCGAUGACUCGCGGCAGGAGAGCGGAGCGCUCCCCACCUGCCAGCCCGAGCCCGGAGGAGUGACAGUGCCGCGCUCUGCCCAUGCGCUCCUAGCUGCCCCGGCAUGGAUGUGGCCAACAACACUACCUCCCCCACCGAGCAGUCCUCCGCGAGGGGCCAGGGCGCCGCGGUGACCCUCAGCUACCAGCUCCUCACCUCCCUCUUCCUGGGCACCCUCAUCCUCUGCGCCCUGCUGGGCAACGCCUGUGUGAUCGCGGCCAUAGCCCUGGAGCGCUCCCUGCAGAACGUGGCCAACUAUCUUAUAGGCUCCCUGGCCGUCACCGACCUGAUGGUCUCGGUGCUGGUGCUCCCCAUGGCCGCCCUCUACCAGGUGCUGAACAAGUGGACGCUGGGGCAGGUCACCUGCGAUAUCUUCAUCUCCCUAGACGUGCUGUGCUGCACCUCCUCCAUCCUCCACCUGUGCGCCAUCGCCCUGGACAGGUACUGGGCCAUCACCGACCCCAUAGACUAUGUCAACAAGCGGACUCCCAGGCGAGCGGCUGUGCUCAUCAGCCUGACCUGGCUCAUCGGCUUCUUGAUAUCCAUCCCGCCCAUGCUGGGCUGGCGGACGCCAGAGGACAGGUCGGACCCCGACGCCUGCACUAUCAGCAAGGACCACGGGUACACCAUCUACUCCACCUUCGGCGCCUUCUACAUCCCCCUGCUGCUGAUGCUGGUGCUCUACGGACGGAUCUUCAGGGCGGCCCGGUUCCGGAUCCGCAAGACCGUCAAGAAAGCGGAGAAGAAGAAGAUCGCCGACACCUGCCUGACGGUCUCCCCGGCCAGCCAGCAGAGGAAAAGCAACGGGGAGCCCAGCAAGAGCUGGAAGCGGACGGUGGAGCCCAAGCCCAGCGCGUGUGUCAACGGGGCCGUGAGACACGGGGAGGAUGGAGCUGCUCUGGAGGUCAUCGAGGUCCAGCACUAUCACAACUCCUCCAAAACUCACCUGCCCCUGCCCAGCGACCCCUGCAGCACCCCGCUGGCGCCAUCCUUCGAGAAGAAGAACGAGAGGAGCACCGAAGCCAAGAGAAAGAUGGCUCUGGCCAGGGAAAGGAAAACGGUCAAAACCCUGGGCAUCAUUAUGGGCACGUUCAUCCUCUGCUGGCUGCCCUUCUUCAUCGUGGCCCUGGUCUUGCCCUUUUGUGACAGUGAGUGCUACAUGCCGGACUGGCUGGGGGCAGUCAUCAACUGGCUGGGCUACUCCAACUCCCUCCUCAACCCCGUCAUCUACGCCUAUUUCAACAAAGAUUUCCAAAGUGCUUUUAAGAAAAUUAUCAAAUGCAAGUUUUGCAGGCAGUGAAGGACACUCCCUUCUCGGGAGCUCCCUGCGCUUGCUUCAUCAAACUCCACAUCUCUUCUGCUACUAGAGUCUCUGCUUGUGCCCUCCUCCCCCCCACCGGUGACCACUCUCCCCAGGACUGCGGCAGGGGCAGCUCCACUUUACCGCGCAGCACCGGAGCGUCUCCUCCUCUUUACAACACACAGCGCGCGGCAAAUCCAAGUAGUUCAGAUUCCAGUGCAGCGUCUGCCAUCGUUCCACGGGGAGACAAUGCCGCUCCGGAUUCCAAUCCCUCACCUCUCAAAGCGUUACAAACGGAGUCAGCCCCUUUCUGAACUACUGCAAACUUAGCACUUGCAAUUCAGCGCUUUGGAAAACUGACUAGCACGUGUUCCCCGAACUAACCUGAGCACCGUCUGCUCCUCUGAGUUUACACAGUACUCAGCCUGUGUAAUGACACCUUAUUUCGCCACUUGUAUUUAUUUUGGGUAGACCUUGGGUUUGCAGAUCGUUGCUUGUGGUCGCUGUUAACCACCUUGUCUGCCCGGGUAGCAUCGGUAAAAUAAACCAUCCUAUGCAUAAAACCUUCUUGUCUGUUUUUCUUGGAUUAAAAGAAGAUUGCAGAGCGCUCUGAGUCUAACCUAGAUCUGGUCGAGUAAGUACGAACGUGGAGGGUUUGAAGCAGUUCUUUCCACAGUGGAAGAAGGGGCUUAAAAGUUACGUCGCUGGCAGCGAGAUUGAAAAGCGAAUGUCGUUUUUUUGGGGAAAACAUAAUUUUAUAACCUUUCAAGGUACUUCUGAUCACAUUACUAACUGAUAUGUCUGUAUCAUGUAUUUAUAAUAGCCCGCUUGUUACGUUACUACCUUUCAGUGCAUGGGAGUUACGUUGUUUACACGAGAGGGAUUUUGCUAAACAUGAAAUCAUUACAAUUCACCUAAAUUAAAAACAGAUUUUAAAAAACCCACCCUAAUAGAACAAGGAUUUCUCAUUAAGAAAACCCACGGAACCCAUCUUCGUGACUAUCAGGCGCAAACAAAUAUAUUGUUUAAAAAUUCUUGAAAAUAAGACGCAGGUUUUCAUUUUGAAAAGCACCUUAAAAGUAUUACUAGGAAUCACACUGCUCGUUUGGGAAACAAACAGCCGUGCAGCAUUUUACUGAAGUUUGAAACUAUUUGCUAGGUGCUGCUUUCUCUCUCUUGCCCUAUCUCUCCCCCCGCCAAACCAGGGUAAUCUCAUUUUAAUGCUGUGUAGUGAAAAGGGCAAAUGUGAGUAAACCGGUGAGUCUUUCUCCCAGCACAGGUGAUUAGCUACGGUAUUGCUGCUGAACAAACACUCAUACUAUAGCAAGGAAUAAAGAGUGUACUAGUCACUUCACUUGCAAAGUGUGGAAAAGUAAACAAACACUGUCAGCUCUGACUUCUUGGCAGUUCAACAAAACUUUCCUGAAUACUUGGCCCAAUGCUAAUUCCCCCCUUUAAACAAAAAUCCCACCUUUAACUCAAGAAAGUUAGAGAGGUGGUUUUUUUUUUUGUUUGUUUUGUUUUUUUUUGAUACUUUGCUUUUGAUGAGAAUGAAGAAAUAACCUGAUUUGUACUGAAAGGUAUUACUAACAGCUCUUUCUAAAGUCAGAAAUUGGGGUAGCCUAAACUGUGAUUUCAAUUGAAUUGCCAGAAUGUCUAUUUUGUACAGUGCCUCUUAGUUUCAUACAGGGUAUGCAUCGUGAUCUGUUAUUCUGUUCAGAUCUGACAGGGUUGCAUAUUAUUUUGCACUAUUAAACGGGUUGAAUUCUUUGUAUUUGGGAAGGUAGUUUGAGAUCGAAUGCUUGAGCCAAAAAUACAUAUUUUUCUUCUUUAGUUUGUCGUAAUCUGUACUACCUAUAGGUAAAUGGGAAUGUUAAUUCUGUGCUUCACGUGAAUGUAAAUGUCAAGUCGUUUAUGAAUUUAAACAGCUUUCAAAGUUAAAUGAUAGCAAUGCUUUGAAUAUGUUCAGAUAGUCUAAUUUAU